AUGCCAGAGAUUAUUCGCUUCCAUGGAGGGAUUGAAGAAUUAUCAUCAACAAUCAUUAACUAUAAAGGAACAUCGAUUCUAGUCUUUGAUGCUUCUUGGUGCCCUGGCUGCAGAAGACUCUCAAGAUUUUUACCAAAUUAUGCAGCAGAGUUCCAUUCACUUCAGUUCAUUGUUAUAGAUACUGAUGAAAAUUCUCAAGUUAAAACUUAUUUCGGAAUCGAAAAUCUACCAGUUAUCAAAUUUUGCAAUGACAAAUCGAAAUUACAUGUGGAAACAACUAUAGUUGGUCUCAAUAUGCCAUUGAUCAAGGAAAAAUUAGCUAUUGUAGCAUGA